AUGCAGGCGGCUGCCGAGCAAGCUUGCCAGCACCUGGAAUCAGUGGCGACCGCUCGCCCAGAGAAAGCGUCUGCAGCUUUGGCGAGCGCAUCAACACCCGUGGAGAAUCACGUAGAGGUCGUGAAAAAGGAGGCCAUGCAGGCGGCUGCCGAGCAAGCUUGCCAGCACCUGGAAUCAGUGGCGACCACUCGCCCAGAGAAAGCGUCUGCAGCUUUGGCCAGCGCCUCCGUGCCUGAGGCUUUGUCCGAGGCGGCGGCCGAGCUCACAGUGGCAGGAUGCACGGAUGUGAAGGAGCGCGUGCUGGACGUUGCCGAGGGGCUGCAGGUGAAGCUGCGCGCCGGCGAUGUCGCGUUGCUGCAUGGCUCGGCCGUGAUGGUCACGAAGGCCGAGAACUUCGAAGCCCACUCCUUGCACAUGGAGACUCUGGCACCCGGGUCGAUGCCGCUGCCCGAGAUGUCCGUAGCGCUGAGCCCAUUGCUGGAUCUCCACCCACAUGGAAUGCAUUUCGACGAGCCCGUGCUGCUGAUCUUCCCUGUCUGUGUUGGGGCCACGAAGGUCUGGCGCUCUUCGGACGCUGGCUGGGAGGAGCUCGUGGACGCCCGGCUCAGCGCCGGCCACGCCAUCCUGAGCUUGGACCACUUUUGUCAAGUGGUGGCGGGCGCGCCCGAACCCGUGAGAAAGCCCAUCAAGAUCAAAGGCUACAUGAAGGAACAGACCGCCAAGUGGACCAUCACACAUGCCAACUGUAAGAAUUGCGAAGACAUGCUUGAAGAGUACCUGGCAGACCCCGACGUGUUGCAGGGCUACAGGCCCUGCAUGCCGUUGUUCAAGACUGCUACGUAUUCGCACAAGCAGUUUCUGGAGCUGUCCUGGCCGGACCCGUCGGGCAACGCGAACGCGGAGCCUGGGAUUUUGAACUUUGAGGAGUUUCCCGUCGUAUCCACUUCCUCAUGGGCGGCACCAUCGCCUCCUGAGGUUAAGUUGCGACUGAAAGAUGCCGACAGCGAUUCGAUCAUUCAACGCACGUUGAGUUACCAGGAGGCACCCCCCGAAGAGAAGCAAUUGUACCUCGCGGCCCCGGCAGACGGCAUGAUGCAGGUGUGCGCAAAGAGCGAGGCAUCAAGCCCCAGGAGCAGCUCUGGCUCAUUCUCUGCAGGCCAGUCGUUGGGCAGCGAGCGCAUGACCUCGCGAGAGGUGAUGGCGCGCGCUGAAGCCUUGUUGCUUGACAUUGAGAAGCGCAAGGGCGAGCGCCAGCGGCGCAGAGAGCGCACCGUCACAAUCCGCGCAUUCGGCCCGGAGAAGUUUGAGGCGGCUUCGUGCGCGCAGGAUUCUGGUCCGCGGCUUGCAUUCUUCAGCCUGCGCUUUGACAAGGGCCCGGUGGAGCAGACUGCCCGGAACGUGUGCAGCAUCCUGAGAGGGCGUGGCUAUGAGGUGUACAUUGUGGAGGGCAGUCCAGAUGACUUUGGGAAGAUCGUCGACAGGUAUCUUCUCAGGAUCUUGAAGAUGACAGGGGUGUUUGUGGCGUUUUGCACGGAACACUACGGCGAGUGCACCGGCAACCCGUGGGCAACAUACGAAGAGCUUCGAUAUGCUCAUGCCAACGGGAUCGAGAUCAUGCCGCUCAAGAUGUCGGAGGUGUAUCCCCCACAACCCCAGCAUGAGGAUGCGGAGGCUCUCGUCAGAAAGGUGCUGCAUAUGGGCCUUACUCGCGAAGACUGUGUUGGUGUGUCCGAUGAGCAGAUUGCCGACAAAGUUGCGAAGAGGCUGCGGAGACCGCGACCGCUUUGA